AUGGGAAACAAACAAUCAAGAACUCGAAGCCAAGGCUCUGGACCUCACUUCCAGCCAACUCCUCAGGCCAACUCAAGAUACGCAAGAAUUGGUGAUGAUUAUAGCUCUCUUGAGCAGGUGACAGAAGCUCUAGCUCGAGCAGGUCUGGAAUCUUCUAAUCUUAUUGUGGGUAUAGAUUUUACCAAGAGCAAUGAGUGGACAGGUGCACGAUCUUACCAGCGUAGGAGCUUGCAUCACCUUGGCGAUUCAUUGAAUCCAUAUGAACAGGCUAUAUCAAUCAUUGGAAGAACACUGUCAGUUUUUGAUGAGGAUAACCUCAUUCCUUGUUAUGGUUUUGGUGAUGGACCAACAUCCUUUGCUCCAAUAAUUGAAACUGCUAUAGGGAUUGUCAAUGAAACUGGAGGACAAUACCAUGUUCUUCUAAUCAUCGCUGAUGGACAGGUGACGAGAAGCGUUGAUACAAAUCCUGGCCAGCUAAGCCCUCAAGAACAAAGCACAAUUGCUGCCAUUGUCGAAGCAAGGUGA